AUGGCUGUCUGGCUCUCGUGCCUGGCCACCACCUACUCCUAUGUGGUCUUCUGCAAGGGGCUGACCUGCACGCUGCUCAUCUUCUACUUGAACACAGCAUGGGGUAGAAGAGGGACUCUGGGUACCUGCCUCACAAAAGUGCAGGGAGAGGACUCGGACAAGGUACUGUGUAGCCUUUGAACACAGGAGAGCCCUCACCUACCAGAUGCACUUUCCUGGGUGAAUAAACCUGUGGUUGAUGUACAUGUAAAUUCACAAAAUGAGACCUUAUCAUUGGAAAUGAAAAUUGAUCUGAGUGAGGCCAACCUCGUGCUUCACAAUGGCACUAAAGUACUUGCAUAUUUGAAAGAAUCAGUAAGAAGAAAUUCUGCUUCCACAGUGGCUCAGGGUAAGACUAUGUAUCUGUCCUUUGCUCCUGCAGAAGAGCAUUUUGCUGGGGUGUCCUGUGGUGUCAAGGAGGGUGAGGGACUGGCUGGGAGGGACUGGCUGGGAGGUGGGCCCUGGGAUUGAUAGGACCACAGAGGAGAGCCUUGGGGGUCAGGACUACCACGCUGUCAGAAGCAGUGAGAAAUGUGAAUUUCUGAGGAUGAACCAAGUGCUUUUGUUGAGGGGUGAGGCUCUGAGCUGGAACCAUCUCUCCUGCAUUCAUUUGAGGACCCCUACACACUGUGUUUCCCCUGGCCCUUCAGAGUCCAUACUUUCAGGAAAACAGCAGAAUGCAGGAAAAUACUUCCAAGUGUAAAAAGUACCUCAAAUGAUCUGCAGGUAACACUGAGACUUCUGACUAGGCAAGCUUUUUAAGGAACAAAGCCAUUAUGCCAGUUAAGGUGGGAGUAAAAAUAGUGAGAUUAAUGUACAAGU